CGCCAUGCUUGGUAGGGCCGUAUGCCGUGGGGCCAUACCCCGAUAGGUAAUUACCUGCCAGGAAAUGCUGGCUGUGAAUCCAUACAAGGUAUAAACACUAGUAUCUGCACUGACAACUGCAAUUAAAUCGACUUCGCAAGCAAGAUUGGGUCGGGCCUAGACGGUAAGGAUCAUCACGAUGGGCUCCUACACUCCCAUUCACGACCAAGAGAUACACACAAUUCACAUCCCCGAAGAUGUACGAAAGUCAGGCAAACCGACCCUCGAGUUGAUCGGCGAGGCCGCCGCCUUUUUACACAAAGAUGGCAUCAUCGUGCUCGACAAUGCCAUUGACAAAGAACACGUCGAUACCCUGAAUGCCCAGCUCUCUGCCGAGGCACUUGAGGUCGCCAACGACCCCGACCAUCACUUCAACUUUGGCAAGCACACGCGCAACAUGGACCAGGCUCCUCCGCCCACCAGGGAGCUCAUGUUCAAAGACAUAUGGUGCAACCCAUCUGCUGCGGCCGUUCUAGCUGCCGUCCUCGGACCUCGCCCCGUGAUUCACUACGCCAACGGCAACACCGCGCUCAAGGCCCCUCCCCACGGUCGCCAGCCUGUACAUUCGGACUGCGAAUUCGCGCACCCGGCAUAUUUCCCGUUCGCGUAUGUGGUCAACAUCAGCCUCGUGGACGUGACGCCCCAGAACGGCGGGACAGAAGUGUGGAUAGGCUCGCACCACGUUAGCGUGCAGGAGGCGCACAACCCGACUGCUGACACCGAGCAACUCCUCACGAUCAAGCAGGACCUCGUCGAGCAGCGGCGCAAGCACUCACCGCCCGUUCAGGCCUCCACGAAACGUGGCAGCUUGGUCAUUCGAGACUUGAGGCUGUGGCAUGCGGGAAUGCCGAAUCUGACGGACGAGCCACGCGUGAUGUUGGCUUUCGUAGCGUCGCCGGCGUGGUGGCAGGGCCGAAGCCAGAUUUUGCUCCCUAAGGACGUUAAGGACUUGGUGGAAGAGUGGUCCGACGAGCUGGGCUAUGAUGCUGUCUACGUUGAUGGCGUCGUGGACCAUAAGAAGCUCAGGAGUGCGGGCGUGGACUUCGGCUCCAAGAGUAAAGUCAUGGAGAAGUACGAGGACGAGUUGAGUCGGUGGCCAGACUACACUCCCCGCUGGUAUUGAUGGCAUCUGGGGUUGAAAAGCACGUUGAAUCCAUCGAUUGAAAUGUUCGUUGUAAAUGAUGGUGAGGUGAACGACAUUGUCUGACACUGAAUCAGCAGCAUCCGCAUUCUUAUCGUGUCCAAAU